GCUGGAAAGGAAGUAGUUAUGGUUUGGAGAGGACGCGGUCUGGGUGGAAUAGUUUUGCUGUCGCCCGCUCGACCUUCAUGCGGGCCCAGAGGGGUCCCUCACACAAAGCCACUGAGAGGCAGCCUACAAAGAAAUUGAAAUGUGAAAAGCGAAAUCGAGCGAAGCUGAAAAUACCAGAGGUGGAUAUUUGUGGAAACAGCAGCCACAUUUUUUCAAAGGAGCCAGCCAACAAAAUACCAGAAGCGAAUGAGAGCUUGCCGGACUUUCCUGUCCUCAAGAUGAUGCUCCAAAGUGAAGGAAAAGUGAUUCCAAAGAUUAGUGAUGAAUUGCAGGUCGACCAAGCCAACUUUUGCCCAGAAACCUUGGCCCUUGGCGCAGACAGCCGCCCUCCAGUGUCUGAAAAUGAGCCUGUGUUCCUAACCCGUGUCCAAAAUGUCGAGGAGGAAGAAGAGGAGGGAGAAGAGGAAAGCUGUGGUUGUUUGGACGACUUGGAGAUGGAACCCGAGGAACCGCAGGACUGUCUUGAGCCAGAUAACAGUGCGUUCCUGAAUGAGGACAGUAACCAGCCGCUGCCAGUGGACCGAUUCUUUGGAAGCGUAGCAUUUAUGCAGGACCUCCCGGCUCCUCCUCUUGCUAGGGCUCCCACCAACAGGCGAGAAUUCCGGAAGCUGCACUUCAUAGCCAAGGAUGACGAUGACGACGAAGAUGAUGAUGUCAUUUGAGCACCUCCUAAAAGAGCUGUCCUUUUCUGCAUCACUGUCUCUUCUACGUGCCAGAUGGGCCAAGAACUUAACUUGUGUAAUUAUUCCCUUUUGGAAGAAGGAAGUUGCAUUUCCUUCUCCAAACCUACACCAAUCCAUGUAUGGCUCUUGGUGGAACAAGUUGCUUUAAAAUUAAUUCUGGAGCACUUAUUUCCGUGCGUUCAUCUAUCUCCUCAUAGGAGAGAGGACACCAGCAGUUGUUAGAGGAGGAGUAGGCUCCUUACUCAUCAGUAGUUACAGCAUCCUCAUUUUGGACCUGUCACUUUUCUCCAGCUGCAUCUGUGCUGUACUUUUGGCAGUGUUACACUCGAUACUUACGAUGCUUACGUUGUUUGGGGGGAAGGGGGUUCAAUGAGGACAUCCCUGAUUAAUGGCUGAUUUUUGGACCUCUGGAGCCUCAGUGGCAAGGAGUCGUAAAACCUGCCAAAGGGCUCUUUCAGACAGCAGGGGAUUAUCCCCGGAUGCGAACUCUGUGAGUUCACCCAAUCUAAUCAUAUUCUUGUGGCCCCUCCAUGGGGGGAAAAAAAGCCAGUUUGUUUUGCCUGUUCUUAUUUCCUCUGCUUCUCAUUGCCUUGGUUACUUGGGAAACUACUGCUGCGUGCUGGAGAAUCUUUGCAUGGAGUUAAUUAAAAACAUAGAAUUCUCA